GUUAAGUUUGAUAAAUUACAGAAAAUCCUGAUGAUAAUUUUUUUAAUAAAAAAAUGCGCCAAAGGUCAUUUACCCAUCACCACCGCGGACAAAGACAAAUCCUCAAAUCAAUCGGUGGCUUCCUCCAAAGACCCGAUUCAAUUCAAGGUCUUUGAAAUGGAGAAUAUGCAGUACGCGGAGGAGCUGGUGAGAGAAUUUCUAGUUUUUAGAGGGUUUACUAAUACUCUACAAGUUUUUGAGAUGGAAUUGUCCACGGAUAUUGGCAAGGGGUUUCAAGUAGAUAAGAUAUUAGACUUAAUAUUCUCAAUAUACAUUCCUAAAUUUCAAGCAGAGAAACUAGUUGGUCUGCUUAGUUUCUUCAAGCAGUGUUUUUCUUUGGUAUCUGAGGCUGCACUUUUUUCUACUUUAUCAAAGUUGGAGGUUUCUAUUCUUCGUUACUAUAUCGUUUGCGCGGUGCAAUCAGGAAGGAAAGAUAAAGUGGUGGAAUUUUUUGGAAUGAAUGGAAAUGAUUUGCUGCAAAGAGGCGGUGAUUGGACGCCGUGGUUUGCUAUUCCAUAUUUGAAGAACCCUAGCUUGGAUCCUCAGUUUCGCAUUUAUUUCUCUAAGGAAUGGUAUGAAGCAUUGCGCCUUUCUGUGAGGAAUUUUUUCAGUGUGAUCUUCAGCGGUACUCGCAUCCCUGCCCUGUUGAAGAUCAGUUCAGAAAAGAACACAAUCAACAAUCUCAAGAAGGACAUCAAACAACUUAACGUGAAGCUAUCUCAACUUCGGGUUUUAUUAGAGGAAAAAGAGGCUCAGUUAUGCUGGUUAAGGAGUAAUGGAAGCAAUGCUGCAUCUACACUGGAUUCAAAUGUGGGACAAGGCAAUAAUUCAACUCCAUUAAGUGCUGCGCAUGAAGAAAAUCUUAUGACUGUGGAAACUUGCAUUUCUGCUACCCCUAGUAUAAGUGAAACUGAGCAGCCUCAAGAAAGGGCCAUUGGUGGACCUGCCAAUGGUUCAAGUUCUAUAGCAAGAAUUGACAUUGAACAUAUCAUAGCCAAUGAUGCCAUUCAAAUGAUCCAUGGUACCGCUUACAAUGAUGAUGGCAGGGAAAUGCUGGCUGAAGAAGAAUUCCCUGAAGUGAAAGUAGACUUCCAGGAGACAUUUCUGGGCCAUACAAGUCCAAUAAGUAGAUGUCGAUUUUCUGCUUCUGGGAACAAUAUAGCUAGUGCUUCUGUUGAUGGAACUGUCAGGAUAUGGACAUAUGAUUCAUCUACUCCGACAUCUAGAAAUGCAACAAUAUAUUGUGGGACAGAGAUAAUGUCUCUUGAUUGGGAGUGUAAAUCUGACCGCUUGCUUCUUAUAGGCACUGCUGAUGGGGGUAUUAAAGCAUGGAAUGUUGAUGCAAAGCGAGUUGUUUGUGAUCUCAAUACUAGUGAAGUGUUUCCCAGGUACGCAUUUAGAACAUAUGUUUCUGCAAUCUUUUUCUCCUUUGUUCUUGCUCUUACUAUGCUUGUUCUAUGCAGUGUCUUGGAUCUAAAGUGCAGUCCUGUAGAACCAGUUUUUGUUUCUGCAGCUGCAUCCAGAAGGCAGGGUGCAACUUAUCUUGAUAGUUUGGGAUUUGCUUCCUUAACUGUGUGGAACAUGAAGACAUGGAGAGCUAUGACAGUUCUUCCUCUUGGUGAGGAUCCACCUGCAAUUACUUCCCUAUGCUUCAAUCACAAUGGGAAAAUUUUAGCAGCUGCUGCAACUGAUGGAAUGAUCCACAUGUUUGACAUGUCUGCUGGUCUACAAAUUACUGGGUGGCCUGCACAUGAUUCUGCAAUAAACUCUAUUCUUUUUGGGCCAGAUGAGACUAGCAUUUUCAGCUUGGGUUCAGAUGGGAAGAUUUUUGAAUGGAGCUUGCAAAACCAAGGUCAUGUCCUUUGGUCAAGGAGUUGUAGCAGGUUCUGUGUCCCUGAGACCUCAAGGUAUCAUAGACAUGAAAUGGGUUUGGAUGCAAAUGGGAGGAGACUAUUGGUGACAUCAGAGACACUAAGAGCACCCAUAUAUCAGGUUCGAGGACAUAUGAAUGGCUGGAGAACUCUUCCACACAACGCAGCUAUAACAACGGUAGAUUGGCACCCGACUUUGCCCAUUUUCUUGACUGGUUCAGCUGAUAACUCAGUUCGAGUAACAUCAUUAUCAUGAGACGAUGCCCUAUUUUUAUGUUUUCAGUUGAUUAUUUUCUCUGUCAGUUGGUUUUUACAGAACCUUAUUGUGGUUGGAAAAAGUUUUGAUUAUCAAAAUGGAUCCUGGAACGGGCUUCUGUACCCCCUUCCCCUUUUAAAGGUGAGUGAGUUCUGUUUUUUAUUUUUUUUCUUUUACUUUUUGGGGUGAGGGUGAAUGUGUUGUAAUUUAAUUUAUUCAAUUGCUUGUAUUUGUAUUAUCAUGUAAUUGAUGUUAUUUGUGGUAGUGGUGCGAGAAGAAAACAACUGUUUAGAUGUCUUUUCUCUGAGCGGUUGCUCUCAUUGGAGAAGUUGACUAAUUAAUUAUUUUUUUAUAAAAUAUUGAUGAACUUUCUUCAA